AUGCAAAUCACCAACAUUCUUCUCGUCGCCUCGGCUGCCUUUGCGCCCUUCGCCUUCGCCGCGGAGCAAGCUACUGCGCCCGUCACUCAGAUCAUCACUGUCCAGAGCGUCGGCGCGCAGCCCUCCGUCACCACCGUGAAUUCGUCGUCCUCGACUUCAUCGGUGCUGCCCAUUACCACUAGCUCCAGCUCCAGCUCCGUCGCGAGCAUCACCCCGAGCUCGUCCGCGACCCCGUCUCCUACGCCUAAAUGGAGAGCCUCCAGCUCCUCCGUUCGGCCGUCGCAAACCUCCGCCGUGCCCCCGGCUUCGUCGUCCGUCUCUACCUUCACCGGUGGUGCUGCCCCGGCGGUUAAGCUCUCGGGUGCUAUGGCCGGUGGUGUCCUCGCCGCUGCUGGGCUUCUCUUGCUCUAA